AUGACCAAACAAACAACACAAGCUCAAUGGCAGGUCGACAAAUUGUGGGUGAAGGUGAUGUUAUACAGCAAAGUGGGAGAGGAGGGGAUUCGAGGAAGUUGGGGCAAAUGGGGAAGGAGCAGGAGGGAAGCUCCGAUGGUUCAGUCAGUCAUCCGCCGACAUAAGCGGACGGCUUUUGUCCCAUCUCAAGGUGAGAAUCCGAUCCACGAAGCUCUCACGGGGCUUUUCUCUGCCCACCAGUGCCAGCCAUGCCUGCCAGGCGCACUCGGAAGUGAAUUGAGCACCAUUGGAGCGCAUAAAGGCAUUUAUGUCCCGGAUCGACGAGGAAAAAGCGAAAAACGCAAUGACAAGAUUUACAGCAAAACUGGAUUUCAACCUACCGGUCUGGUGCGUUCAUAA